AUGGCACAGAGUGCCGAGGUCCAGCCAAGCUUUGAGCACAUUUUUAAUAUUCUAUCCCAGAUCCCAGAAGAUAAACUCCUUAUCCUCAAAUAUAAACUGAAGCACUUGAUAUCCAAGCCCAGCAGCAGAUUAUUGCAAGCCAUGGUCCUGCUUACUUUGGGGCAAGAAGCAGAUGCAAGAAUUUGUCUGGAUACUUUGAGGAAUGACCAGGCGGCCCUAUAUAUCCACAGGACCAGACUGGGCACUGCGGGAGUGCAGGAAGACGGUGAGGCUUUGCAGCCCCCGCAGCUGGAUGCAGAUGCCAGGAUGCUUCUGGCACAGAUCUACUCGCUGCUGGUAGACGAAAACCUGUGCAGUCGGGAAGCCGUGGUCAGAGCCUACCAGACGGCCAUCGAGGCCUGUGGCACCAGCGGGAACCCCCCGCCGGAACCGCUGAAGAGCAUCCUGGCCGAGGCCCGGGAAAAAUGCGGCGCUGCUGUGGGCUUUGCCGGCUCAGGCGGCAGGUUCCAGACGACGAGAUCGGACACGGGUUUUCUCCAGACCGCCAGCCCCAACCCUGUGACGCGAAGUUCCCCCGUGCAGAUUGGAAGCGUGUCGGACCUUUCAGGCCCACGGACCUUGCGUUCCUCGGGGAGCCCGGCUUCUCUCAUCAGUCGCUUUGAGAUCAGUGAGUCGCCAACAGCCGUUUUCCGUACCCGGUCUCCUCGCUGUAACCAGGUCCCCCAGCCGAGCCGGCUGUGCGGAGAGCCCGCGAGCUGCGCUGGGGAGAGCGAGAGCCUCGGCCCGCAGGAGUCAAGCUGGGCCAACAGCCCCGAUUCGCAUCCCGCGCAGGGCGCAGCCGCCCGCGUCCCCAGACCAGAGAAGGCUCUGCAGGCCAGUUCCUGUCAUCCGUCUCUCCCUGUUCCCGAAACCCAGCUUCCUACACCGAGUGCUGUCAACCAACCUGUCGAAAGUAGUGACAUUUCCAGCACAGUGACAGCAGAACCUCGGGCACCAAAAGGCGGCACAGCCCAAAAGCAAGAGGACUUACCGACAGGUCCUCCCGAUUCAACGGCCGCAGCGCACACUGGUCCCACCCACAGGUCUGUAGGGGAUGUUUCAGCAGGCAAAUCUUUCCACACUGCACCUCCUGUUUCAGCCUGUUCCCUUCCUCCUCAUACCUCUUCCUUCUCCUCAGCCCCUCCUCUUCACGCUGCUCCUCCCAGCUCAGCAUAUCCCCCUCCCCUCCACUCAUCCUCCUCUCCAGCCUGCCCUCCUCCUGUCCAGGCUGCAGAAGCAGCAUCCACAUCAGAACCAGAUGGCGAAGAGAGAAAGUUCUUCACUUUCGUUGUCCUGCAUGCUAGCGAAGAUGUGGACAUCGCCUGUCGGGUCAAGAAGCUGCUGGAAAGCAUGGGGGUUCCCAAUGGCGCCACGUUCUGCGAGGACUUCCUCACCGGUGGACGUGGCCAGCUGUCGUGCUUCCAAGACGCCAUGGAAAACUCUGCUUUCACCAUCCUUUUGCUGACCAAGAACUUCCUCUGCCAGCUGUGCAUGUUUCAAACAAACUCAGCUCUGAUGGAGUCCAUCCUGCGACCAUCCAAGCACAACUCGGUCAUCCCCUUUGUACCCAGAGAGAACCCCUUGGAGAGGAGACAGAUCCCCACCCUGCUGAGCGGGCUGGUGUCCCUGGAUGAGAACUCCCCUGUGUUCUCCAGUACGGUAAAGAACACCUUUACGCCCAGCAAGAUCAGUGAGCUGAAAGCCAUGUGGAAACAGAUACAGCAAGUCCAGGAGCAGAAAAGGAAACUGCAGCUGUAUCAGGAUCACUUUCAAACACUGAAGAACUUAGCUGAUCUGAACCUCGGCUCCCUUCCCCAGGUGCCUCUGUCAGCAGUUCCAAAUCUGGAAAGCUUACCGCUGCUUCUGGAGCAGCUCAUGCCUCGCUGGUCACCCCAACAGUGCCCUUUCCCUAUGUCUGUCCCUCCUGCCACAUACCCUCCCCCCUCCACUGGUCACCCCAUGCCUGCUCAGCUGGGUCCCUCUCCUUCCCAGACAUUUUACUUCCCAUCGGGCCACCACAAUGUGAUGCACGGUCCAGGAGGUGCCCCGCACCUCAUCAUUCAGCACGCUCGAAUGGUACAGAUUGGGGACCACAACACGAUGCACGUGCAAACUGCCGCAGCAGGUCCAGAGGACAGCGAAGAAGAAACCGGUGAGAAGCCUUGAUCAGAGACGCAGAAGUUCAGUCAGGGCCAGAGACAUUCACACUUAAUUCCUAAGCUAAAUAAUAACAAAUCUCCUGGGACUGUUCUUAUUAUUGCACUGUGAAUAAAACAAGGUAUCACUUUCUUGGAGUAGAGGAGAAAAUGACCUUUUCCUGUUGGACAAGAGGGGUUGCAGUAUCCUGAGACUGUUUUCCUUGUGCUUAUUUUCAAGUAACUGCCAAAACUACUUUCUUGACUCUUGAGGGCUACUUGAAGAUUUUAUAAAUACAUUUUAAUUAAUUCA